GGUGCGACGAGAGCUCCGUGGACAGACCUGCUCAUAUCACUUGUUCCGCUCACAACAGUUUACCGUCGCUCUAUUUAAAGAGGCAACAACAUGGCACGCGCCGGUCUGGUCAGACGGGAGUCGGUGGAAACGGAGAUGCACAAGUCCGAAGACAAAGGCAAAACCUUCGUCUACACCAAGAAGAAGGGCUACGAUGUGGCCCGGAACCCCUCCCUGAACAAGGGCAUGGCUUUCUCCAUGGAGGAGCGUCUCCAGCUGGGGAUCCACGGCCUGCUGCCCCCCUGCUUCAUCAGCCAGGACGUCCAGCUGCAGCGGGUGGUCAAGAACUACGACAUGAAGAGGGACGACCUGGACAGAUAUGUGUUCCUGAUGGGGCUCCAGGACCGCAACGAGAAACUCUUCUACCGGGUGCUGCUGUCGGACAUCGAGAGGUUCAUGCCCAUCAUUUACACCCCCACUGUGGGCCUGGCCUGCCAGCAAUAUGGCCUAAUAUUUAGAAAGCCGAGGGGGCUGUUCAUCACUAUACAUGACCGUGGCCACAUUUCUACGGUGCUCCAGAACUGGCCAGAAAAGGACGUCAGGGCGGUGUGUGUGACGGACGGGGAGAGGAUCCUGGGUCUGGGAGACCUGGGCUGCUGUGGCAUGGGCAUCCCAGUGGGCAAGCUGGCCCUCUACACAGCCUGCGGAGGUGUGCCGCCACAGCAGUGCCUGCCUAUCAUGCUGGAUGUGGGCACAGACAACGAGGCGCUGCUGAGGGACCCUCUCUACAUCGGGCUGAGACACAAGAGAGUGCGAGGCCAGGCCUACGAUGACCUGCUGGAUGAGUUCAUGACGGCCGUGUCAGACAGGUACGGAACGGACUGUCUGAUUCAAUUUGAGGACUUUGCCAAUGUUAAUGCCUUCCGGCUGCUGAGCAAGUACCGCAACAAGUACUGCACAUUCAACGAUGACAUCCAAGGUACGGCUGCAGUGGCAGUAGCCGGACUCCUGGCUGCUCUCCUUAUCACCAAGAGCAAAAUGUGCGACCACACCAUCGUGUUCCAAGGUGCAGGAGAGGCGGCGAUGGGGAUUGCUGAGCUGAUCGCCAUGGCCAUGGAGAAGGAGGGACUCGCUAAGGGGGAGUGCUUGAAAAAGAUCUGGAUGGUCGAUUCCAAGGGUCUCAUUGUCAAGGGUCGAGACCAGCUGACUCACGAGAAGGAGAGGUUUGCUCAUGAGCACCCACAGAUGAGGAAGCUGGAGGAUGUGGUUCGGGAGCUGAAACCUACUGCUAUCAUUGGUGUGGCGGCCGUUGCCGGGGCCUUCACCCAGCAGAUCAUCACGGACAUGGCUUCCUUCAAUGAACGGCCAAUCGUCUUUGCCCUCAGCAACCCGACCAGCAAAGCAGAAUGCACCGCUGAGCAGUGUUACACACUCACAGAGGGGCGGGGCAUCUUUGCCAGUGGCAGCCCGUUUGACCCGGUGACCCUGCCUGACGGGAGGACGUUCUUCCCCGGUCAGGGAAACAACGCCUACAUCUUCCCCGGCGUGGGCCUGGCCGUCACCGCCUGCGCCAUCCGACAUAUCAGCGAGGAAGUCUUCCUCACUGCAGCCGAGGCUCUCGCUCACCUGGUGACAGAGAAGGACCUGGCAGAGGGAAGGCUGUAUCCUCCUCUCAGCUCCAUCAGGGACGUCUCUCUCAAACUGGCCGUCAAGAUCAUGGAGUAUGCCUACGAGCACAACGUGGCGACGCUGCGCCCGGAGCCGUCCGACAAGGAAGCCUACGUGCACUCCCUCACCUACAGCACUGACUAUGACGAGUUUGCUGCGGACUCGUACCGCUGGCCAGAGGACAGCAUGACGAUGCAGACGUGCAAACUUUAAUGCACGGGACGGAGAGACCCGACGAGCCCUGGUGGGGUUCGCUAACCGACACGCAAUAUCAUCACGGGAUAUGCCAUUGGGAUAUGAAAGGGGUCGUGUGUGUUUCGUGAUUUGUGAUUGUGAAAUCAAAAGGUAGCAAACGCACGCAGAGGUAUUGGGGCUUCAUGCAUUUACUGUCUCCCACUCCGGAAGCUAAAAGCAGUUUAAGAAAAUAGCAAACGUACGAAUCCCUGAGAGGGAACACGAAGCAGUUUGCCAAACUUAUGAAAUAUUGCACUAAUUGUUGUCAUCGCAUUACAUUUUACAGUAAUAUAUUGCAGGGAAGUUCUUCAGAGGUUACUUUUAGUUCAUGACCGUAUGACUGUGUCAGCUAUAAUCCCAAAACUCUUUGUCAAAUAAAAAUGGUUUUGAUUUAUGUCUGUUUGAUACAUUUGUACUGGAAAAAGACGGGUGCGUUUAGAGGUAGACUUGGAUAUAAAAGGGACUUCUCAUGAAGAUAUCAGAAUUUUUCAAUCUGGCCUCCAUGCAGAAAUGCCGUGAACGCUCACUUUGCUAUCUUUCCGU